AGGCACCCGGGUCGCCGUUUGUUGUUUUUUGGAACUUAACAGCCAAGCGGCGGCGAAAAAACUCUUGUUUUUUGGGGCUAGAAAGGAGGAAGGACCGGGGAGGACGUGUGGGUGGGCGCUUUUGGCUAAUUAGCUUGCUAGCAUUAUAUUUUUAUGUGUGUGUGUGUUGAUGAGUUAAGAGGAAAUAACCAAAAAUGAAACUGAGAGAAAUGCCAAGCGUUUGUUUGUUCGUUUGUUUGUUUAAAUAUCACGGAGUUUAUUUCCGUUUCACUGAACACCUUUAGCUCAGUUAGCAUUAGCUCGGAGCUCGAAAGCGUAAAGUCAGAGCCGUAGCGUUAGCUUAGCUAGCCGGCUAACUGUUAGCUACUAGCGCAAAAUGGCCUCAUUGUCGCUCGGUAGCUGUGAUGCUGAAAAGACAAAGCAUGCGGCAGUCACGGCCAGCAGCUCCGAUCCGCUUUCCACAGCGGCCCCUCCGGCUUUAUCACGGCGGCUGAUAGCGGUUAUGUUGUGGUUUUUAAUGCGGGAACAGGGGAAUGAAUGCCGCCGUGUUUAUAAGUUUAUUUAUUAAUUUAGCACGGCGCGCUGUGAAAGUACUGGUUUUCAGUGUGCAGUGGGGGAUGGGUCCAUGCUAGGAGCCAUUGACGUAAAGCGAGCCUGCAUUUUGUUUGGCUCCUAGCAUAAUACAAACACAAGAGCUCAGUUUAGUAGUAUUGUUUCACCCAACACUGUAUUUAGCGGAGCAGUCUGGCACACAAACACAAGAAUCAGAUAUCAACAUCACGCGGGUUUUUUUAUACCACAAAAAUUAUUGGCGUCAUUUCAACGAGGGGAUUUUUUGCUCUACAUUACUCAUUUCCUGAUAGCUGCUAUACAUGUUUUUGAACAUCACAUGUCUCAGCAUUUUCUUGUUAAAUCUUGUGUGACAGAACUAACAUAAGGACUAAAGAACAUAACAAGAAUGUGUCUAGGUGCAAAUGAAAGGGAUGUUUGUCAUUUUUAUUGUAUUGGAAAUGAUCUACAUGUCAGUCACUACAAUUAAGCAUCUGUAGCAGACAAAAAAUAUGUCUUAAUGUGUAUAUAUAUAUCUAUAAGUGCAUGCUAGCAGCAUUAUUAAUGCUGGUUGCAUAGACUAGCACAAUAACCAUGCAAAAUUUAAGUUUAAAUGAUUAAAAAAUAAAUUGAAACUGUCAGAAUUUUUUGGAGGUAAUUGUGUCUAUCAGUUUGGGGAACUUUCUCUGAAUUUCUUUAUUUAUUCUAGUGCUAUUAGAAUCUGAGAUUCUGGUAAUUAAUAUAUCCUUAAUCAUCGUUUCCUUUUAUAGCCUGUAGGUCUGAUGUUUUUGUAUCAGUUGUGCAAUGUAUGUUUGUUUGCUACGGGUGCAAGAUCAGAAAGAUCGAGAGAUAGGUUCUAUUUUUACAAUAAAGAAAAUACAUAGAACAAAAUAUUGGCUAUUAAUCUGUAGAUUUAUUAUACAAUUAAUUUCCAAGUAGAAUCCUUGAGAUUUGACCUCAAAAUGCUAAACUAUAGGGUGUUCAAAAACCAGAUUUAUCAAUAUAUCUGUCAUUACCAAAACUGUCUUAAUUCUCUUUGCAGUGUGCUCUCUCUCAGGUUGUAACUCUUCCUGCUUGUAAAUCAUUUUCUGUGACCCUUUUUUUUUUUAAUACACAUUGUUGUUUUCCUUUAGGGAGCUAGUCCUCUUUCGUGUCUCUUGUUUAACAGGGGCCAGCCACAAAUGCACUAGACAAGAAGACAACAUAUGUCCAUAAUUGUUUUUCUAAAUCUUUGUAUUUUAGAUCUUCAUUUACCUUCUUAAAUGACAUUUUCUUCCUAUUCUGUCCACUGUCAGGAAAUGUAAUUCUGUAUGCAAGCGAGGAUUGAAAGAUCUUGACGUUAGAUUCACUUCUCUCUUUUUUUUUUGUCGGUAUGGGUUAUAACUUUUUAAGAAUAUGGUGCUGAUUCCAGAUAUUUCCUCAGAUCAAUCAGGUGUAGAAACAAUUUAAUCUCCUUUUCUCAUUUUAUGUCAGGUUUUCAUGUGUGUAAAGAAGCACAGUACCUCCCUCUGUUGAAGGUUGAAGGAAAGGAGCGUUUGCAAUCAAUUUCUAAUUAGAAAUCACCCAAUUUUUUGGAUUACAUGUUUGAUUACAUGUUUGAUUAUAUGUUGAUUAAAUGUAAAAUGUUAAAUUAUGUUUUUUCGUCCCAGUUUUUGGCUGUAAAAUCUUGCACACCACCCCUGAGUGUUACACUGUGUUAACUGUAAGAUGGUAUGUAAUUAGCACAGAUCCUAGGACCUUAGUUUGCCCUGGUAUCCUAAGAUGAAAUUUUCAAGAAAAACAAAUUCUGCUUCGUUGGUGCGGAGAUAAAUUGUGACAAUAACAGCAGUGUGUAGUGCAUUUAGUUUCAUCUUGGUUUCCACUGAAAAGUGCGCAGUUUUUUGUAAAAUUGUUAACAACUCUUUGCUUUUCUAUUCUGUAAACCAUAAUCCUAUGCUUUUACAGUCCAGCAUGUAUCAAUACUAUUUUCUUUGUACCCCUGGUUUUUACUUUUUGUGAUUAUUUUGUAAAAAAAAAAAGUAUCACAAAUAGAAAUUUGAAGCAAGUGGAUUCACCCAAAUGCCCUGCCCACAGGUUUUUACACAGAGGAGACAAAGCUGGACACGGCACACUAUUUUUCUGUCUGAUUAAAAAUGAAAUGCCACAGGCUGCUGUUCAGAGCUCAGUCCUCCUUAUAUACUUGCAUCCCGUUUAUUUUGGGGAGUCAGAGGGUCUUUAAUGUUGGCAGGAGUGUUUUUUGUUCCUGUAAGACAUCUGUGUGUUCCAAACGGUGUGUAAUAAGGAAGUUGACUCUACUUUUCUUCCCCUCCCUCAGUGAAGAGAAAGUGAAAAUCUUGUUCUACUAGUUUGAAGAGUAUCGUGUGUGUAGACCUGGAAACCUGAUAUCCCAUGUAAAUAUUAGUGGUUCAUGGUGGUAUAUUGUAUUGUGAAUAUUGUAAAUGCUAUUAUUUUCCAUAUUCCUAUAACUUUUACCCCUUAAAAGCACCUUAUUGAUUGGGAUAUUUUCUUGAUCACAGGUGGCAGUGGGAAAGAAUCUAAGUGCACCGAUCAUGUAACUUGAGUGCUGUUUUUGUUUUCUGACAAAGGUCUCUAUAGUCUGUGCUUACUUUGAUGCAUCGUCGGCAUUUAGUUGGUAACCAUGCUAUUUUCGGUGGCUCAGUGGUCUGUUAAAAGUGUGGUUGUUCCGCCCAGCAGGAGUCUUGCUUCAGACUGGCCUAAAAUGGGCAGAAAUGGUGCUGAACAAAAGCUGCUUGUCGCUCGUACAAAAGUACUUGAAGCGUUGCAGCCGGGACCAAGCUGCAUUGCUAUUGCCUGUGCCUCUCAACAGGAAAGAGAAACAACAUGUUCCCGAAGGGCACCAAGCGUAAGUUCUCAGACUCCGGGGAGGAGCCAGUCCCCAGUAGUGACCAGGGCCCAGCAGCUUCAUCUGCGAUGGCUCGGACGCUGACGUCCUCUUAUAGCCUCCAGCGGCAGUCGCUGCUUGACAUGUCGCUGAUCAAGCUGCAGCUCUGCCACAUGCUGGUGGAGCCAAACCUGUGUCGUUCGGUGCUUAUUGCUAACACGGUACGGCAGAUCCAGGAGGAGAUGACCCAGGACGGCACCUGGCAGAUAAUGACCCAGGCCCUGGCAGCUGCCCAGUGUCCCGCCGACCGCCUGGUAGCCACUGAGGUGCUAUGCCGGCAGACGGACCCAGCAGCUCAGGCUGGGCAGAGCCCAAAACCCUUCUCAGUGGUUGAUCUGGAAGAAGGCUACCACGCUGAGGAGGUGGUGAUGGAGGGGGACGUGGAGACAGAGGUCACAAUGUCCACUUUGUCGCCUGUCUCUCCACAGCUGUCCUCUGCUUCCUACCUGGCAGGUCCCUUUGGCAUGGGACCCUGCUGGGAGGAGGAAGAGGAAGACGGUGAGUGCGAGGAGGAUGAAGAGGAGGACAGCGAGGAGUGUGUGUCGGAGGGAGAGGAGGCAGACCGGGACCACCUGAGUGCAGACUCCAGGACAGGGGAGCAGGUUUUUGGGACAUUUGAGAUCAAGCACCCGGCGCCGCCCCCUGACCCUGCACUCGAGGAACUGUUUUCAGAUGUGGACCCGUCAUACUAUGACCUCGAUACAGUGCUGACAGGCAUGCAGAGCGCCCCAAAGAUGGGGCCUUACGAUCUGCUGGAGAGCCUUUCUUCUCACGGGCCGACGGCCCUGAGCUCCAGCUCAAGUUGCAGGUCAGACCUGAACGAACUGGACCACAUCAUGGAGAUCAUAGUGGGAUCCUGAAACUCAGAACAUUCCUCUGGCCUGUACUGAUCCCUCAGACUCUUUACAGACUAUGCACAGUUCACAUGUGCAUGUUCUGUAUGUGGUAUUGUUGUUACACAUGGACAUUAUUGGCGGUUUUGGUACAAGGUGGGAAAUUAACAGCAAGCCAAAUAGAUUUUGGGUAUUGGCUGUUAGAGUUAUAGUUAGUCUGCUCUAACGCCACUUAGGGACGUCGGCAGCUGCUGUUGGGACAUUCAUCUUUUAUAUAAAAAAUGUAAUUGGCAGUUAAAGUAGUAAAGGGUUAAAUUGAUGAUUUUUUUUUUGGGAUUCUCAUGCCACCCUGGCCUGUGGACAAAGCAGUUAGUGUCCUACUUUGUUGAUGAAAUCCAAAACUUGACAAUAUCUUGUGAGAGGGCAAAGAUAAUUACCUAUACCAUGAUGCAUUCUUAUUUACGUACUUUUCAUGUUUACGUCUGUCAUACAUUCUGUCAUACUAGCUCCUUCUGGUCGUAUUCUUCUCUGCCAUUUUGUCCAUUUCUAUUUAUUGUUACAUGGACUGAGGAACAAUUCACCACACUACAUGCAUCAGAAACCAGAACAAAUUGUAAAUCCAAAUCUAUGAAUCAAUGCAUAUUUUCCUAAAGAUCUGAGCAAUUAUGAAUGGAAUAUAUGUAUAUGUACGUAUGUGUAUAUAGAAAUAUAUUUUUUGCAUUAUACAGCUGGGGGAUUUUGCAAGUAUCAUUUGAUAUUAUUAUUAUUUUUCCCUCCCAAGCGGUUUUUAAGAUUUUAAUGUAGCCAGACUCGAGACAGUGUCUUCCCAUGGUUUGGUAUAACAAGUCGACUGUAACAGGUGUCAGGACCGCCAUUGUUACACUGUAUAGGCGCUGUUCUUUCAUUUCUCAAAGCUUUAUGCAGGGCAGGGAAAUUACUGCCAGCCACAAACCACACGCUGGUUUAGAUUUGACUGUUUCUGGUAAGUUUACUGUAUCCAGUGGACAAAUUUAAGUAAGUCCCCUGUCCUGCUUCUCACACAGAUCUAAAAACAAUAACUGCUUUACCUAAAGCAUUUGGAGAAACCACGGGGUGAUAACUGCAUCAAGAAGCCAUAUUUCUUUCUCUCAUUUGUUUGUACAGCAAAUGGGGAAUUCUGUGUGUUAACCCAAUCUAAUUUAUUGUUUUAUUUAUUGUAUUUAUUAUAUCUAGGUACAGACAUGCCACAUUGACUUAUCAAAUCAACCAUGAGGCCCGAUAAAAUUUAUCCAAAUUUUGCCCUCCCGUUUUUAAAUGCAGUACCUAUUUAUUCCUCACAUUUUAUUAUUAGUAAUAAUAAUAAUAACCGGUUUACUAUUCAAAUCACUAUGCAGCUCUGUCAUAAGUGUUUCAAAAUGAUUGUAUAUGACUCAAAUGUCCUUUAAUUCCUUUUAUGCAAACAGUUGCCUUUCUCCUAAAGAUGUGGAAAAUCAAAUGCAUUUUUCAAAAUUUUAUCAUCGUGAUGAAGAGAUUUAACUCAGGCAAACAAAAUGUAUUGACAAAAAUACAGUAUUACGACACGCUUAAUACCUUACCACAACACUCCUGAAGGAUGUCAUUCUGGUCUGAAUGGGAGCUAGAACUUCAAAGACUAAUUACCGUUGUAAAAUGUAUGCAUUUUUUUAUAUUAAGGAAAAAACAUUGUAGCAUCUUUGUAAAUAUUUUUAUAAUAAAAGGUGCAACUAUUGA